CUCCAAACCCUUUUGAUGCCAUUUCGCCGCCUCAUACGGAGCAGGUCUCACUUUAGAGAAGUCUUCAUUGAGACAAGACAGCCACAACAUCCUAAUAGUCGUUCCUCCAACCGAAAUCAUUGCAUGAUGGGUAUGGUGAGAUGAUGACAGUGCGUGCCAUACUCAGGUGUCAUACCAGAGGAGGAGGCUUCUUGUGGCGGAGGAGUGGUUUCAACAAGAAUUCACCAUGAUAGCUUGAUUUGACGAGCGACUGCCAGGGCAACCUCGGAGAUAAAAAUACACUAACCACACUAACCUAGCGAUCAGAACUCAGCCACAACCGAGCCUCUCUCCGCAGUUUGGAAGACUUGUUUUGACGAAGGAGGACAACAGAGGCAAGCCAGAUUGAGGUUGUUGAAGAGGUCGAAGUCGAAAACAUGAGUGGAACGAAGAGAAGGAGUGCAUUGGCAUACCUUGCCGAUUGAAAGAUACCUAAGAUGUUGAAAGGAGAUCGAUUUGCCUCAUCUCGAUGGAAAGAUCUGGUUUUCUUGUUUCUCCUGAUGAUCCACCAAAUCCCUGUCAGAAGCCUGAGCCUGAGCCUGUAUUUUCUCAUCCGUAUUCAUGCAGGCCAAACACCGUAGUGAAGGAUGCACACUCGUUAUUUUCCUCUCCUCAGCCUGCUUCAUUCCCUGACCCCCACGAACACAUAGUACACUCUUGGCCAUACACUCACUCAGUCAACGGGCAUUCAUUUGAUCUCUCAAUCUGUCGACGGAUUUUGGUUGUCACUCGCUUUCGAAACAUAGGUGUCCGUCGUGGCCAACAAACGCAGCCACAACUCGUUUCACCCUUCCGCAACCGCAACAGUCACUCUGCACUUCGAGCCGCAGUUCCUAUCGCUCACCUUGUACGCGCUUUCUCUGCAGAAUACCCGCCGUUGCAGUGUACACAGUAUAAUCCGUCGAGUGUGCAGCCUCCUUAUUGCAUAUCCGCUCGUCGAAUAGAUCUAUGGUGGAGUGACAGCGCCGGCGCGGUCCUCAGGAAACAAAGAUUGAGAAGAAUCUGGCGAGAAUACAAGCUUGCACACUGAUAUUUAUACUGAGCCGACAUGUCAGACCCGCGUAGGCCACGGCCUACAACUUCACCUACACGAGAAAAAUCACAUUCACCCUACAGAGACUCUCCUUCUCGGCGCUUUAGGGACAUCGAAACAGGGGGACACAACCAAGCUCCUUACUCGAGCCAGCGAUACGGCCCUGAUCCUUACCCUCCUUCACCCGGAUCCCGAACUGCGGAUUGGGAACCCAUCAUGUCCAACAUGACCCAGAGCGAGCUCGGCCGCAAGAAAUCUCUUAUCCGUCCUGAACGAAACAGAAUCGAUCGAGAUCAUCCCAAUUACUAUUACCGUAAACAUGCUCAGAACAUGGAAGUUUUCCCUUCUACGACUGGGAAUGACCCCGUGGCAGAAGAUCUGACAGAUGGCCGGACAGUCAGCUCAGACAGCGGCAACCAGAAGCCUCCGCUCGACGAUGAUUUUGCUCCCAGUCAACAACGGACAGCGCAUGUUCCGGGAAAAUUAGAACCCGUUGGCAAGAAGAAACAACCACGGAAACUGGUCCGGAAGGACACUCGAAAUAUGACUGAAGAGGAAAAACUGCGACAAAAAGAACUUGAUAGGAUCAAACCCCCAAGCGCUUGGAAUGUGUAUUGUGCAAUCAUCACAUUCUGGGCACCCGAUUUCGUCCUGCAAUGCUUCGGUAUGCCAGCGCGUGCACAGAGAAGAGCUUGGAGAGAAAAGUGCGGCUUGAUCAGCAUCAUCUUGCUGAUUGCUGCCUUUGUCGGCUUCUUGACCUUCGGCUUCACACAAGCCGUUUGUGCGCAGCCUGGACUUCGACUCAAGAUCAAUCAUGUGGAUCGUGGUUACAUGAUUUUCCAUGGCAAUGCAUUCGAUCUGUCCCGCUCGCAACAUCCUGCCGCUCUGGGCGUUCCUCUCGACACCAAUGUGCUGUAUGAUCUACCUCACAAGUACGGCGGCCAAGAUGGGAGCUUUAUGUUUCAGAAGGUCAAUGGCGACUGCAAAGGACUGGUUACGCUAGCACCAGGCUCCGAUGUGCCCACAAACUCGGAUGGAGACCUCGCCUGGUACUUUCCUUGUGUAGCUUUCAACCAGGAUGGUUCGUCCCCCGUCAACACGACUGUACCUUACUACCUGGGGUACGCCUGCCACACCACUUCCAAGGGUCGAGACACGUUCUUUCACGGCCUUAGACAAUCGGGAGAAGUCUUCUUUACCUGGGACGAUGUCAAAAACAAAAGCCGAAACCUCGUGGUGUACUCCGGCUCCGUCAUCGAUUUGGAUCUCCUGAGGUGGUUCAAUGACAGUCAGGUAGCCUGGCCUACUCAGUUUGACGAUCUCCGCACAAAUGGGCAAAUCCGCGGAAUGGAUAUCACUCAUGUCCUACAAUCAUCUGCAGACAAGAAGGUUGGAAAAUGUCUGAGUCAGAUCGCCAAGGUUGGCUCCAUCGACACUGAGUCGGUGGGCUGCAUCGCCUCCAAAGUCGUCUUAUACGUAUCGUUGGUGUUCAUCCUUGCUAUUGUGCUGGCCAAAUUUUUCCUGGCUUUGGCCUUUCAGUGGUUUUUGGCUCGCAAGUACGGAGCUGCGAAAACAUCCCAAACAAUGGACCCGAAAAAGCGAGCCGAGCAGAUCGAGGCCUGGACUGCCGAUAUUUAUAAACCGGCUCCAAAACUCGCAGACCCGGCAAGUACUAUUUCUGGAUCGGAUGGGAGGACCAGCAAACGUGGAAGUAUGUUGUUCCCGCAGACGUCACGCUUCACAAGCCCUUAUGCCGUCGAACGUGCUGCAAAGGCAAAUCGAGCACCCCCUACGACAAUGACCAGCCAAUCUUCGCAGGCCAGGUUGACUCAGGGAGCUGGUAGUCUGUACAAGAGCGGUUACAAUAGCAGCCAGAAUACGCUGGACUUGUUGCCCUCACGGAUGAGUGUCGGAGCUAGUAGAUCCAGUCUGCUUCUCUCCGGGCACGAAACGCGCUAUUCGGUUGCGAUGGACAAUCUUGGAGCAAAUGGUCCUGUCGGUUUUAUCCAUGACAACGUCGUUCCUCAACCACCUCCAGAAUGGCAGCCAUUUGGUUAUCCACUCGCUCAUACUCUUUGCCUCGUGACAGCCUACUCAGAGGGUGAAGACGGCAUUCGUACUACUUUGGACUCUAUUGCGACCACGGACUAUCCCAACAGCCAUAAAGCCAUCAUCGUCAUUUGCGACGGAUUGAUCAAAGGCAAAGGGGAAGCCUUGUCUACACCGGACAUCGUACUUGGAAUGAUGGGCGAUUUUGUCAUUGUUCCCGAAGACGUCCAAGCUUUUUCAUAUGUUGCCGUUGCCAGCGGGUCGAAACGACAUAACAUGGCCAAAGUCUAUUCAGGAUUCUAUGACUAUGGCGCCGGGUCAAGGAUAGCACCUACCAAGCAGCAAAGAGUGCCCAUGAUGGUUGUUGUCAAAUGUGGAACUCCGGAUGAAGGCACCAAAAGCAAACCUGGAAACCGAGGCAAGCGUGACAGUCAGAUCAUCCUGAUGUCCUUUUUGCAAAAGGUCAUGUUCGACGAAAGAAUGACGGAAUUGGAGUACGAAAUGUUCAACGGCCUGUGGAAAGUCACGGGCAUGUCUCCAGACUUCUACGAGACUGUGCUCAUGGUUGACGCAGAUACCAAGGUUUUCCCCGACAGCUUAACCCACAUGAUAUCGGCCAUGGUCAAAGACCCUGAAAUCAUGGGUCUCUGUGGCGAGACCAAGAUCUCAAACAAGACUCAAUCUUGGGUCACACGCAUCCAGGUCUUUGAGUAUUUCAUUUCACACCAUCUCUCAAAAUCAUUCGAAUCAGUCUUUGGUGGCGUCACUUGUCUCCCAGGCUGUUUCUGUAUGUACCGGAUCAAGUCGCCCAAAGGCGGUCAAAACUAUUGGGUUCCCAUCUUGGCCAAUCCCGACAUCGUCGAGCAUUACUCCGAGAACGUGGUCGACACGCUACACAAGAAGAAUCUGCUGCUUCUGGGUGAGGACCGUUAUCUUUCGACACUGAUGCUGAAGACCUUCCCGAAACGAAAACAAGUCUUCGUACCACAGGCCGUGUGCAAGACACAAGUUCCGGAUGAAUUCAAAGUCUUGCUCUCGCAGCGACGAAGAUGGAUCAACAGUACGGUGCACAACCUGAUGGAGCUCGUUCUGGUUCGGGAUCUGUGCGGCACGUUCUGCUUCAGCAUGCAAUUCGUGGUGUUCAUCGAACUCAUCGGCACGCUCGUCCUACCGGCCGCCAUUGCGUUUACCGUCUAUCUGAUCAUCAUCUCGAUUGUCAAGAAGCCAGUCCCUGUGAUCCCGUUGAUCCUGCUAGCUCUUAUUCUUGGUCUGCCGGCCGUGCUCAUUGUCCUGACGGCUCAUCGCUGGUCAUACAUCCUUUGGAUGCUUAUCUAUCUGUGUUCACUGCCGAUUUGGAACUUCGUGCUCCCAAUAUAUGCUUACUGGAAGUUUGACGACUUCAGUUGGGGCGAGACACGAAAAACAGCGGGUGAGAAGACAAAGAAAGCAGGCCUUGAGUAUGAAGGAGAGUUCGAUAGCACCAAGAUCACCAUGAAGAGGUGGGCUGAUUUUGAGAGAGAACGACGAGCACAAGCAAAUGGCAAUUGGGCACCACAACCCAGUCGACCGACGAGUGGCUACAUGUCGACUCAAAAUUUCGAAAACUACCAAGACUACUGAUCUGAUCGACCGGUAUUCACGCAUAAUGACAACAUUCGGGAAAACAUAUUGCGGUUCCGAAAAAUGACAAUAGAUACGAUUUCCACCAUCUGAGGGUCGGUGCAUAACUCAAAAGAAUUUGAAAAGGAAAGGGCCGGCUGACUGACUUUAUGGUAUGGGUUGCACUAGGAGCGAUGACAUGGAAUGCAGGCGUGUGCUUUUGACUCUAAUUUUGUAUGAUCAUCUUGACCACCAGAUUGUUGUUGUGCAUUGGCGGUAUUCAUCUGCUGGCGCGUUAGAAUGGGUGGGCUUGAGGAUAUGAAAGCAAUUGUUGUAGCUUGCUAUGCGACUGCCUACAAUUUCCACUUGUUUUCGCUUGGUCA